AUGUCUACCACGAAGUACUCCGACCGCGACAUCCCAAGCAUCUCUCUGGCCAACUUUGACCAGCGCAUCGACGACAUUACCACCCAGCUCGUCGAUGCCGCGGAAAAUGUCGGAUUUUUCAGCAUAGUCGACCACGGCAUCGCACGCACCGAUGUGGACAAGGUGUUCGAGUCUUCUGCAAGCUUCUUCUCCCUCCCCGACGACGUCAAAUCGCUCGUGCCAUUUUCACCCACCGAGAAUGUCGGCUGGGAGAAGAACGCCCAGAUUCGGCCGUCGACCGGCGCCUGCGACCGCAAAGAGUCGUACCAGCUGCAGUUCAAUAGCGGCAUGGAGACGCGAUGGCUGCCCGAGACGACCGUCCCCGGCUUCCGGUCCACCGUCACGACCUUCAUGUGCCAGGCCCAGGCCGUGUCAGAGAAACUGAUGGUCUGCUUCGCGCGCGGGCUAGGCUUCCCAGACAACUUCUUUGUCGCCGCGCAUGACGUUAGCAAGGAAGACUCGCAGACUGUCGCGCGUCUAUUGCACUACUUUGCUGCGCCAGAGGCCAGCGACGGGCAGAUAUACCACCGCGCCGGGGCCCAUACGGACUGGGACUUUAUCACACUCCUAUUUCAAAAGGCGGGCCAGUCUGGGCUAGAGAUUUGCCCUGGUCGCGAGGCAACGUCGACUUUUGGGCAGGGCGACGUUUGGACACGCGUCGAGCCCGCGGCCGAAUCCAACGCCAUUAUCUGCAACAUUGGCGACCUGCUCAUGUCCUGGUCUGACGACCGCUUCAAGUCUACGCUGCACCGCGUCAAGGCUCCAUGCGAGCCGGGUGACUUUUAUGGAGAGAGGUACAGCAUUGCCUUCUUCAACCAGCCGCGCAAGUCGGCGGAGAUUCAAGGUCCAAUGAGGAAGUACCCGCUGGUGACGGGUGCCGAGUUUACGCGCAAGGCGAUGGAAAAGAACUUCAAGGCCGUUUUGCAAGCAAAAGAAAACUUGGCGGUUGCUGUAGCCUAA